AUGAGCCAUGCAAAAGUACGAGAAGAUCGCUAUAGGCACAGUAAGCUACGUCGCAGACCAUUAGAGAAAAGCAGCUCAGCACCAAAUAAAAUGGUGGGAUUGGGCAGCGAUGAGCUAUUCAUUUCAAACAUUGCCGGUAUCAAUAGUAUGGAAUUGGAAAUCAACUCGUCCGAGGACGAAAGCGAUGAAAACGAGAGGGAUGAUAUACGGCGGCUGAUACCGUCGGUGAACAGCGAGAGCGUUGUAUUUAGCAGCGGGAAAAGGGACAAUCAAAGGAACGAGGCGGAAAAUGCGGAUGAUGAAAGCGUCUGGUCUAUAUCUGUCCAGAUGUUCAUACCCUUCCUACUUGCCGGCUUUGGCAUGGUUGCUGCUAGUUUGCUAUUGGACGUGGUACAGCAUUGGCCGGUAUAUCAAAUGGUGUCUGAGGUAUACAUACUAGUUCCUGCACUAUUAGGUUUAAAGGGAAAUCUAGAGAUGACAUUGGCCUCCAGAUUGUCGACCCAUGCUAAUCUAGGUCAAAUGGAUACAAAAAAGCAGCAAUGGACACUAAUUGUUGGAAACUUAGCCUUAAUCCAAUGCCAGGCUAUGGUGGUGGGUUUACUGGCAUCUUUGGCGGCUGUAGCCCUUGGCUGGAUUCCGGAAGCUCACUUUGAUAUUCACCAUGGACUUCUGUUGUGCGCCAGUGCCUUGGUCACCGCUUCCGUAGCCAGUUUCCUGCUGGGCCUUGUGAUGGUCGCAGUCAUACUAUUAUCACGACGAAUGAAUAUCAACCCUGACAAUGUCGCUACCCCAAUCGCGGCUUCUUUAGGAGACCUAACUACUUUAGCUCUUUUGUCUUGGAUCGCUUCUUUAUUAUACAACGCAAUAGGUUACGCUCCGUGGGUAGCCCCAACAUUAAUAGCAUUUUGUAUAUUUGUAACUCCUGUUUGGGGUUACAUAGCAGCUAAAAAUCCAUUUACUAAAGAAGUAUUGGAUUACGGCUGGGUGCCUGUGAUAUCCGCGAUGUUAAUUAGCAGUCUCGGAGGACUGAUAUUGGAUUACACCAUAUCGAGCUACAAAGGUAUAGCAGUUUUUCAAUUAGUAAUUAAUGGCGUCGGAGGAAACUUGGUUGCCGUUCAGGCCAGUAGAAUAUCAACAUCCCUACAUAAAGAUUAUCAGACGGGUAUUCAAGGAACUCUUAACGUCUGCAUUAGUCCAUUCCACGCGUUUUUCGCCAAAGGAGGACACGCGAGAACAGCCAGAGUAUUGUUGAUGAUGGUAAUACCAGGACAUUUGAUCUUUAGUUAUACCAUUAGUUACCUUCAGGCAGGACAUACCUCGUUUACGCCUAUAUUUAUUAUGAUAUAUUUGAUCGCUGCAAUGUUGCAGGUAAUCCUAUUGUUAUAUAUUGCGCAAUUAAUGGUAGUUUGGAUGUGGACGAGGGGUAUGGACCCAGACAGUUCCGCGAUACCAUAUUUAACAGCGGCGGGCGAUCUUAUAGGAACUGCGCUUCUCGGAAUUGCCUUCCAUAUUCUUUAUGCCAUAGGCGACGGCGACUCUGAUGUAGGAGACUGAGCGGUAAAGUUUAUACAAAUCUAAAUCCUUUAUAAUAUUACAGAUCACAAGAUUUUUAAAAGACUAUGAUGAGAAAUCUGAUUUAAUUUACAAUGCGCGACACCGAUUGUGAUUCAAGAUUAUUAGUGAUUAUCACUUUCGUCGCAGUAAGUUUUUCUUUUCAAACAAAGCUCCAUUCGACAUCUCUUUGUAAAAAGGGUAUGUUAAGAGUACAAAUUAAAUUAAGCAUAUAUUUGUUAACUUCAUGCAAAAAAAGAAAAGAUCAGUAUUUACCAAUAUUAAUUUUGUUUGAAUUGAGUAUAUAAAUAUAAUUUAUGUCAUGUGUAAUUACGUAAAUAUGUAAUUACAAAGAUGGAAAUUAAAUUAAUUUUAAUGGCGAUUAUGCCAAUAAAUAUGGGCCAGUAACUAAGUACAUACAAAUGUUUCACGCUAUACUUUGAAUAAGAAUAUAUCACGUGAGGUAUUUUUUUAAGCUUCGUCAUAUCAGUCGUAAAAUGCCUAUACAUAAAUUUAGUUUAACUGUAUAAAAUACACAAUGAAUAUAUGUUAUAUAUGUCACAAUGUUGAUCAAUUAAAUAAUAAAUAAAAAUUGUAAUAUUUUUUAUAUAAUUACCUCAAAAAACUUCAGAUGAAACAAUUCUGAAUUAUAGUGUUAAAGCAGAAAAAGAGCAUUCUUUCUUUCUCUUUCUCUCUCUCCGAGUAUUUUUUAUUUAUUUAUGAUAAUUUGAAAAAUUAUAUAUAUGACAAAAUCUAUACAUAUAACAGUUUUGUUUUUAUAUAGUUUUGUCUAAAACAUCUGAAGUUAUAAUUAAAAAUAAAUCUCUGUAUAUACUUAUAUACAAUUAUAUACAAUUACAUUAUUUUAUUUUGAAUAAAUUAAAAUAAUUGUCUAAAUCUGUCUUUCUUACCAAGACAGUUAAAUAACAAAUUAGGCGAGAGUUUGAAGACGCUUAUUUUUAGUCUUAAUGUCUUACGAAAUUAUCUUGGAAAGAAAAAUACAUUUGUAUAAAUAUGAAUAAUACUUUAUAUCAAGAAGAUUUAUGAAAAAAGGAGUAGGUAAUACAGUAUUAGAAAUAUAAAUAUACACAAUAAUUGACAGGGCAUAUUUAUAAUGAAAACAGCCAUAUAUAAAUGUAAUAUAGAUAAUUACAUAAUAUAUACAAUAUAUACAUAUAUAGCUGUAUAUACAUUACACGGAAAGUGAAAUAUCACGUUGAAAUAUUGAGUUUUUUCAUUAUAAUAUUACAUUAAAUAUCUUUACUUUUAAAUUAAAUAAUAGAUAAAAAAUCGUUUACUUUGCUUUGCAAUUAUAUCAAUGUAAUAUAUAAGAUACUUCUAUGAAAAAUAAUGUUAUGCCGGUAUAUCCAGGUAUAUUAUAUUGAAAUUAGUCCCUUGAAAAGUAACUGCGAAAUAGCUAAAAUGCUGAGUGCUUUGUUAGUACUUUUCAGUGCCUAAACCUAAAAUAAGGAAUGAUGUUUGAAAGUCCGUCAAAAUGACGUUGUAUGAAAAAUUUACUUACAUAUGUACAUAUAUAUAUGUACAAUAUACAAAUAAUACAAAUUUUAGCGCAACGAUUUGUUAUGUUUAUACAAGAAAAUAAAGUCUCGAUGAAUAUGUAUACAUA